AUGGCGAAUUUUGGGGGAGUGCGACACGCAGUCGACUACGUGUACGAUUUCAUAGCACUUUCCUCAGACAAAGAACUACUAGACACAAUCUGGAUUAGGAGCCCGCGCCCAUUCCCUAUCGAGAUUAGCCUACGGAUCAUCCGAGACACCAUCCUAGGAGAUGGACUUGUCCAUCCGUUAUGUUUCAAUUUAGCUGUGCGUAAGAUUACUACCGACGCAGCAGAGAGGAGCGCAGGCACCAGCUCUGUUGGAAAGACACAUUUUUUCAAUUUGGGAUUCCAUGUGCAAGCACGGGCGCUAAGGCAGACUUGGUUAAGCCAAGAACAGUGCACCAAUGCACUGAUUAACAAUGUCGUGCUUGAGCCUUUUCCAAGAUACUGCGUGUUUCACACCCCUACAAUUGACCCCCAUGGCACUGAACUUCAGAGGGAAGCCCUUUUAGUGAAGCAAGAACUCAGCUUUGUAUUGCAACAAGAGGCCCCUGAUAGGAACAGCCAACUUGUGGAAUGGCCCGAACAAGAUAACAUUCAUGUUUCACCUUGGCGUAUGGACUCCGGAUUCAAAGUUCUACAGGAGAUGGCCCAUCUGUAUGAAACCAUCGGUAAUGACAUGGUUCAUAACAUGCCUAGGACUGACGAUCCACAAAGUCUCAGGAAGCGACUAAUGGUCCAGCUGUUGAUGGUUAGGGAUAACCAAGCAAAGGAUAACAUUCCAGAGCAAGUUAGAGCAGCGCUGAGAUUUAUUGGUGGCUAA